UAAAUGGCGAAAACGUACGAUUAUCUAUUCAAACUGUUGCUCAUCGGAGACAGCGGAGUCGGCAAGACAUGUCUGUUGUUCAGAUUCAGCGAGGACUCCUUCAAUACCACCUUCAUAUCCACAAUAGGAAUAGACUUCAAAAUCAGAACAAUAGAGCUGGACGGAAAGAGAGUCAAACUUCAAAUCUGGGACACUGCAGGGCAGGAGAGGUUCCGCACCAUUACUACAGCUUACUACAGAGGAGCGAUGGGAAUUAUGCUGGUCUACGACAUCUGCAAUGAGAAGUCCUUUGAAAACAUAAAAAACUGGAUCAGAAAUAUUGAAGAGCAUGCCUCGUCUGAUGUUGAGAAGAUGAUCCUGGGUAACAAAUGUGACAUGACUGACAGGAGACAGGUGUCCAAAGACAGAGGUGAAAAACUGGCUAUUGAUUACGGCGUUAAGUUCUUGGAAACCAGUGCAAAGUCUAGUUUAAAUGUAGAAGAGGCUUUUUAUACAAUGGGAAGAGAUAUAUUACAUAAUCUGAGCUCAAAGACAACUGACAACAAUGCUGGAGGAUCGGGCAAACCAAUCAAGAUCACAGAGAAAAAGUCAAAGAGAAUUAAAUUCUUCAAGUGUUCACUCCUCUAGGCUGCUCGUCUCGAGUGUGCACGGCUCUAGUGUGACUUUUCUCUUUUGGAGGGUUCCUGCUUCCCGGGUGUCCUCGUAGCAGCGGCGACGGAGGUCAUAUUCAGAGCGCCUUACUGCCAGCUGAAGCUCACAGGUUCAUAAGUGGUUGAUAUACCAUCCUGAUCUGCUGACCAGAAGAGGAUCAAUGACAAAUGAGGCCUGAUACUGUAUAUCCACUCAAUCAAAAGACUUGUGUGUGAUGGUCAGCAGUGGUUUGUAGCUGGCCCUGCAGUGUCUGCUCGCAGGAGGCAGUGAUUCUGUCGGCAUUUAUAAUACCUCUGUUUUAAAAGUUGGAUCUUAUUCAAAUAUCCCAGUAGCACAUAGUUGUCUUAUAAAUGUAAAACAAUGAAAACACUUCAAAUCUUUCAUAUUGUAGCAUUAUUUUAUACAGACUACCUUGUGUCAUAUUUACUAUGAGGAUGCUGUCAGAUAUAUCAAGUCUCAGCAUUGAUUGUAUUUGUCCGUGGAAAUCCAGGCUUGUAGUUGCACUGGCAUCAUAUCCAUUCGUGUGUGCCAAGAAGGAGUUUUUGUGACAGAAAAGACAAAAAUAUGUAUAAAUUCAAUCUACUGUAUUAUUCUUUUUUAAUGGAACCUUUAUUUAUACAGGUUACUGUGUCAAAAUGAAACUGUUAAGGGGUUGUUUGUUCUUUUGGGAAAUGUAAUUAAUACAUAUUGUUAUGAGAUUGUCAGUAUUUGCAUGAAAGCUGUAAGAACACCUCUGAGUGGGUCAUUAUUAAGCACAUUCUACAGUGAAGAGAAAAUGUUUACAGACAGUAUAUGAAAGUCUUUGUCAACCAUAUAUUGGAAGCUCAUGUCACAUAGUAUAUGUCAGCACAACUAACUGUUGUGUAUAUACUUUAUUUUAACCUUAAAAUACAUCUUAACAGGUUCCCUUUACAUCUCCAACAUGAAAACACGACGACUUGGGAAAGUUAUAAUGUGAAUGAUUGUCUUUGUAAGCUACUGUAUGUUACACCAUUGACAAGUAAAGGAAGUCAAUCUU